CAUCCCUAAAUUCUAUAUUCAUAGUGCAGAGCUGUGACACAGAUAUAAAUGUUCUGUCAGCAAUAUAUAUGCUUUAUAAACCGUAGCUCUGCCUCUAAACAUUCAGUCGUUCUGGUGAUUAGCCGAAUUGCUGUCCAGCUACGGACCUGGUUUAUGCCCGCCGGUCUGGACUAAGUAACAAGGCUAAGCCCCUGGUAAUACUAGCCGCCUAUAGACCCUUUGCAGGUCCUCGCGAGUCGCGAAACAUAGUGAUCCGAAGUAAUAGAGCUUGUUGUCGAACUAUAGUUAAAUUAUAAAUAAUAAAGUUCAGUUUUAGUUAAUAAAGUGUUUUUUUUUAUAAACACCGAUAAGCCGAAACUAACAUUUGGUGUCAGAAGAAAGCGGGAUUUAUUCCUGUUGGACGCCUACUCCUGACGACGUCCAGAAACUAUAGUUCUCCGAGCCAAGCUGCCUGCCCUGCUGCCGUACCUGAUCUCUCUGACAGACGGAUAGUCAGACUCCCAGCUACUCCGACAAUAAGACCACAUCGUGCCAUACCCUGUCGUUCCCGAGGGUUCACUGCCCAGCCGAGAGGUGCUGCCACGCGGUCCAGACUCCUGAAACAUCACCUACAUCGCGACGAGGCGUGCGGGAUUGCACGCGCGACCCAGAUCGACUCACCCGGCGUUGCAACACACUGCGCCGCUGCUCCGAUUAAUUCGCCGACUCAUCAAUGACACCGAUUCUUGUACUACUGGUCAUCGCGCCAGGCACCAUCGCCACAACCGAGUUAAUAACGCCAAUAGUCGAUAGCCCAGGUCUAUAUUUCGAUAAUCUAGGAAUCUUAAAAUACUACAAUAACUUCUGGAAUAUUAUUACAUUUACUGACUUAUCUUACAUAAAACCUCAUGUAGAAAACAUUAAAAAUGUUAUAUAUACCGUAAAAGAAACUUGCCAUAGUUAUAAAUCUGCUAAAAUACAGUCCGAUUGCUCUAACACACUUAGUCCUUUAGAAACACUUCUAAAAAAUGUUGAAAAUAAUUAUCAAUCUCUAUCUCAUCUUACGCAGGAAAAAGGUCGUUCUAAAAGGUCUUCAUGGUUCGGUUUUGGUGGACCCAUACUUAAACAACUAUUUGGAUCCCUAGAUGAAGACGAUGCUCAAAUAUUUACUAAUGCUAUAAAUGCAAUUCAAGAUGACCAGAGACAUCUUGCAUCUUUAAUGAAAGAAAAUAUUCAUGUUAUCUCUUCUACUAUUAGUACAUUUAACAAUACUAUUCAGAAACUAAAUGAAAAUGAGCAAAUACUUAACAGUAACAUAGGAAAAUUAGAUAAAAUCCUAGAUAACGUUUUGCAAACUACAAAUAAAUUAGAAGCGUCAUCACAUCUCACAAUGACCUUUAGUGCUUUAGAAAGCUCAUUAAUGACUUUAAAUUUUAACCUCAAGGAUAUCAUUGACGCAAUCCUAUUCGGUAAACAAAACAUUGUCCAUCCCUCUAUACUAUCUCCUAUGCAACUUUAUAAUGAAUUAAACUCUAAUAAAAAUAAAGUUCCCCAAAAUUUUCCCUUACCCUUGAAUUUAGAAAAUAUGCACAUACUUUUGGAUAUAUCCCAAAUUUCUAGUUUCAUCACUGACUCUAAAAUAGUAUUUGUUGUUAAAAUUCCUCUUGUUCUCUUACAAGAAUAUAAUUUGUACCAUGUCUAUGCCCUUCCUACUGCUCAUGAUAUCAAUAACCCACAUUCCUUUGCUAUGAUCAACCCUACUGCUAAAUUUUUGGCAAUAACAGACGAUAAAUUACUGUAUUCAAUGACAGACUCGAUCAGUGAUUGCAAAACUCUAACAAAUAACUAUCGCCUGUGCAAAUUAGGCAAUGUGCAUUCUAGUGUCGCAAAUCCUACGUGUGAAGUGCAAAUCCUAAGUGCUUACAUAAAUAAAAUACCGGACACAUGUGAUUAUAAAAACGUAGUUAGUGAUAUUGACGUUUGGCAAACGAUUAGUAAUAAUAAAUGGAUAUAUGUUCAAUCCAACAUAGCUAAGCUCUCGGUUAAGUGUAACAAUAGUAUUAACGACUAUGACAUAAUUGGAACAGGAAUUCUCAAGCUUCCAAAAGGAUGCACAGCUUUUCAUAAACUCUUGCAAUUCUCUCCUUCAGUAGAAUACGAAACUGCAUUGUAUAUGCCUACUCCUAACUUUAACAUUAUAAAUGACGAUUGCUGUUCCAGAAAGAAAAUAAAUUCUACGCUUCCAUAUCUAACACCAAUUAAAUUAUCUCAUAUAAACUUAGAUUCUUUGCAUUACGUUACACAUAGAUUAAAUCAAGUUAACGAUGAAAUUGAAAAGAUUGAAAACCAACCCUACCAUAUUAAAUAUGGAAGUUAUUUCAGUGUUUGUACAACUCUCGUAUCUUUAAUCGUAUUAUGCUAUAUUUCUUUCAAAAUGUAUAAAAAAUGUUGUAAUCGAAGAAAGCGUAAUAAUAGUUUAGAUUCUAGUUCUGGUUGCUGUAUUCAGAUUUUUAAUAGCUGCUAUACUAAACCUAAUCAAAAUAUACAAGCUAUUAAUACUAGUUCCGAUUAUGAAACACAUAAUAGAGCAUUCGAAUCCAAUAGUAGCUCAGAGAACUCUCCUACUUUCCUAAGGAGAAAUUUACAUUGAAAUGUUAUGUUUAGUACUUUUCCAUAAUUACUAUUAUACUAAUACUGUUACUAAAUUAUUAAAUGCCAUUUCAUGUUUGGUUUAUACUAUUACAUAAGUCUACUAUAUACUAUUUGCUAUUUUAAUACACUGGUUCUUUUGUAAUAAUAAGAAAAUGUUAUUUUGUAAGUUUUUUAUUUUCUAUUUCUUUGUGAUUGUAUAAUCUUAAAUAUUAUUACCUAUGUAGGAAAAGAAAAAAUAUGAUUAUGUUAUUCCUAAUUUUCAUUUCUAUUUCUUCUAUUGUAAUACUUGGAUCACUAUUGUAAUAUUCUACUCACAUCUUACUUACUAUGAUGCUUCGUCUUAAAGAGGGGAGGUGUUACAUCCCUAAAUUCUAUAUUCAUAGUGCAGAGCUGUGACACAGAUAUAAAUGUUCUGUCAGCAAUAUAUAUGCUUUAUAAACCGUAGCUCUGCCUCUAAACAUUCAGUCGUUCUGGUGAUUAGCCGAAUUGCUGUCCAGCUACGGACCUGGUUUAUGCCCGCCGGUCUGGACUAAGUAACAAGGCUAAGCCCCUGGUAAUACUAGCCGCCUAUAGACCCUUUGCAGGUCCUCGCGAGUCGCGAAACAUAGUGAUCCGAAGUAAUAGAGCUUGUUGUCGAACUAUAGUUAAAUUAUAAAUAAUAAAGUUCAGUUUUAGUUAAUAAAGUGUUUUUUUUUAUAAACACCGAUAAGCCGAAACUAACAG